GCAUUUACCACUGAAGAGUUACCACUCGAACGCGCUGAGCCGCCGCGGGCAAACGUGUGCCGCCAACCGCCAUUAUCACUUUCACGUUCGCAAAUAAAAAAAGCGCGGGAAUCUUGUGCGAGAAGUUUCACAAUUUUUAUUAAAUAAUAACGAGCAGUAAUAUAAUUGGCAACUAAAGAUUGAACCACCGUGAUAUCGGAUUGUUUUCAAAUACACAAUCAUGAUGUGAAAAUAAAACAGGUUCAAACGUUUAACAACUACAGCAGAGAGCACGCGUUUUUCAAAAAUCGAGAACCGCCGCACGUGAAUUUCGCGGUGAUUCUUUUUCUACUAUUUCUAUUUCUUUAUCUUGGGUUCUUUCGUCUACUGGUUUCUAUACUUCGAGUUUCAUUCGUCAAUAGGUUGUGUCGAGUUAGUUGCGUGAAUUGAUACUAACUUUGGAACUGUUAUUAGUGCAGUGUAAGAAUUGUGCAUCAAUACGUGUGGACGUACCUACUGUUAGUGCGUUCGGAUCCUGCAGUUGUCUCUUUGAUAUAAUAUGGGUAUGAUUUGGAAAUCCGCCAUGCCUUUACUGACCACGUUGGCCGCUUUGGUGAUUAUAGUACAUUCUGCAGAAGAAGAUUUAGAGGCAGAGUAUCGACAUGACUUAAGGCCUAGAGCAUUGGAUACAGGAGCACCUAAUUACGAUCAGCCGUGGAGAGCAAUGGAAGCAGAUCCACCUUUACAAGAACCACGGAAUGCAGAUCAUUGGGAUAACGACUCACCAGACGGACUUCCAAAGCGUCGCAGAAUUGGCCGUAAACGAAAACGUCGUCCACAAACAAGUUCAACUGAAGACCUCAUACCACAGGAGAGAUUCGCUUAUCCUGACGAAGCACCUCGGCCAUACUUCGACGUAGAUUUUGAUAACACUCGCCAAACCACAGAAAUGCCUAAGAGAAGACGAAAGAAACCAGAAAAUAGACCGUCCCGAUGGACAGAUGACGUCGUAGAGUUGGAGAGACCCAUGAGAAGGAGAGGACAGCGUAGAAAACGACCAUCACUUGACAAAUGGCCAGAAUUAAGUGAAUUCAGUCAAGCUGUACCACCACAACUUAACACAGAACCAUUGGAACAUCACAAUGUUGAUGAUAUGAGAGCAGAAUUACGAAGAGAUGGUCAAAUAUACGAAAAUAAAAAAGAAUUAGCAGAACUAAGUCCAACUAAAAUUAAAGUAGAAUUUGAUCAGCUUGGAACUAACAUCGAAUUUCCUUCAGUUGAUGACAGGGAAGCUGUUGAGCCUAAAGUUCAGCUGGUCGAAGAUAAAUCUUUAUCAGAAUUUUCAUCAGAAAAUGUGGGAACGGCACCGUUAAGACCAAUGAAACGAAGUCAAAAUGUAAACUCUAAGGAUCAACAUAACAAAACACCAGAUAGCAAGAAACUUGAUAAACCACAGGAUAGCAACUUAAUGGACCCAUUAACAUUAAAAGAUAUAUUGAAGAGAUCGAAUGGUACCAGCCUAAGUGAAAUACUGCAACAACACAAUUUAUCAUUGACUGAUUUGCUUAACGGUAAACAGCAUGCAGUAUCAAUAUUUAAGUCAUCUGAUUCCUUAGAAAUCCAAAAUAAAAAUCCAACAGAGCCAAGAAAUGAUAUGAUAGAUAAUAAACAUGAUAUACGCGAGAAAGAAGCGGAAGAACAAACUUUGGUUAAUGUUGAAACGAAAUAUGCGUCUCAGCCAGCACUGGAAUAUCCAACACCUGAUGAAACACAAACAGAUACCCCUAAAAAAGAUGAGGAUGAAGAGAUCACAACCACUUUGAAACCUGUAGAACCUACUCCGAAAAUUUCUACAAGACGUCGUUUCCCAAUUGGAACGCGAAAGAAACUACGAAUGAGACCUAUGUUAAACAACACGUACAAAGGACAACUAAGUAGAGAUUUAGUAGCACUGAACUCGAGAAAGUACUCACAUCACAGAAGAAACGUCACAAAAUCUAGGGAAUGGAAGGAUGUCCUACCUAUGAUGCAGAAUAAUACUAAAGACGAAAAGAACACCACCACAAUUGAUCUUGAAACUACUACUGCUGCUGUCAUUAUAGACGAGAGUACCAUAGCUAUUGAAGUUAUCAUCAACAAUAAUAAUUCAUCUGAAGAAAUAAAUAUAGAGGAUGAUCAAAGCAACAAACUAGAUGACGUUAAUAUGGACAUAACAGAAACUACAAUUACUUAUAUAAAAGAAACUACAACGGAAACUCCUAAGCCGACGACAGAAAAACCAACAGUAGUAGUGAGACCUGCAGUUAAUACAUCAGGACUAAGACGACAGGCAUUCAAUAACAGAUUAAAAAGGAAACGUUUGAAGCAUAAGAAUGCUACGACGGAACCUCCACAAGACGACCUUAUAAAACACCUGUUUGGACUGGGUAGUUUAGUGUCAUCUUCUGAAUUCAUUGCAAGGACACAAGACCCGAAAUCAGUUGAAGAAGACACUGAUACAACUGCAUUAGACGACUUUAUUACAACUGAAAGUAGCCGCAACACAGAAAUUGAUCUUGCACAGUCCACAAUCAAAGUAUCAACAUUUGUGACACAACCGCCCAGUGCAACAGAAGAAACUGCCAAAAUAGAAAUUGAAGAAAUUCUUAAUGACACUCGAACGAGUGCCAAGUUAUCCAAGAUAUUAAUGGAACGAAAUAUGACACUAAGCGAAUUAGUGGAGCAUAGGGAACGUGGAUCUAGCCAUGUGCAUUUGGCUGACAUAUUCCACAAUGCAUCUCGGGAACCUAACCCACCAGAGCCGUUCUUAUCUAAGUCUCUUUUAGAGCCUAUAUCAAAAGAGACUUAUCCAUUAAGGGCUCUUCUAGAUGCGAAUUUACAUGAUCCAAAUACUAAAAUAACUACAGAAGAACCAACCAUGAUAAAUAACGUACAUAUUCCUGUAGUAAUGGACUACCGUAAUAACGUUAAUGAAAAUGCAGAAAACAUGGGCAUUAUGUCUUUAUUCAAUAACUUCACCAAGUCAGGGAAUAAAAGCACAUCAAUGAAAGAUUCUGAAGAAAAAACUUAUAAGACAAGUAUACUCACCAUUGAUAUCAUAAAUGCAACUAACGUUAGCGAAACAAACAGAGAAGGUCGAGUUCUGAAAGUUGAUCAAACCGAAAGUCAAGACGAUGUUGUUAGUUGGAAUGAAAUAUUCUCCUUGAUGGGAAGAAAUCACAAUAACGAUACACCUUCGAACAAUUUGGAAGGACUCAAGGAUCCAAUAAAACCGUUCAAGAAAAUACGAUUAGAUGAAGACGCAGACGGCGACGGUCUGAUCGUAUUGGAAGACCUACAACAUCUCACUAACUUUGAAAACAACAUUGCAUCGGCAUCAGAUGAGAAAAUAGAAAUAAAUCCAUAUGAAAGUAGUGAUCCUGUGCACGCAUCAGGUAUUCUAGAUAAAAUACCAAGUCAAACUAAAUCUGUGACCGUUGCUACGGCCAGUAUCGCUGGAUUAGCAAUGGUUUUAUUCUUAUUAACUUACGCGAUGUUUAAAUGGAAACAGCAGAGAUCGGUUAUAAGGAAAAAGCGCAGUUUCGGUGACGAGCGCAUUCCGACGCCAGUAUUCGAGAAUAGGAAAGGUCACAAGAACAACAGUAGUACACGCAGUAUUAGUCCAAUGUUGCAAACAACGAAUAUCUACACAUUAAACACGUUAGACUCACAGAACGGCAAAGAUUCACCAGACUACAUGUGGGACACUUUGAGAAAACCAUUCCAGUAGGAAAUAUUAAGUUAUUGAUAAAUUUUCGAAAGAAUUGGUUAAAUUAGUUUAAUUACACUGUAAUAUAUUUAGUUCAAUGGGUGUUUUCUGCAAUAAUAAAGUAUUAUGAGAUUUUAUUUAAAUCGAAAAUUGUGGAAAGGGCUUCAUAAUUUAAACUAGUGACCUGAUAUUGAUUAAGAUUUUUAUAAAAUAGAUCAAUAUUAUUUAAAAACAUUGCUCAAUAUUCACAAUUAACUUGCACUGCUGUUUCAAAUAACUUGUUUUAGGUAAUUUUGCAAGAAUUUUAGUUUUAGGCCUGGAUAAAAUUUGUAUAGUGCGAUAUUGGUUACUACCGACUUACUGAGUUAUUGAUUGAUAACUUCAAUAUGUUCAGUUGAAUCUUAAUUUAUUCGUUUUCAGUAUUAUGCUAUAAAUAAGUGCAAUGUGACAUAUCAAAGACAUUUUUGAGUGUUUCUUAUUUUUAUAGUGUUGUCUUAAAAAAUAAAUUAA